AUGUCAUUAUUUGUAGAGGAUGAUGAUGACGUGACAGAGCAGCAACAGCAAUUGCUUGAACAACAAGAUUUUGAUCAAAGAGCUGAAAGAUUAAAUCCAUUACAAUCACAUAUUUCACAAACUUCAACUCGAACAAAUUCUAUAACUAAAGACCCAGAAGAUCAACCUCAAUAUCCAGUUGUUUAUGAUGAAGAUGAAUCAGUACCCAUUUAUCCAGAAAGAGAAGUCAACAGCACGUUAAAUUUACGGUUCCAACAAGAAAUUAUGGAAGAAAUGUUAUCAAAAGAUUCAUUAUUGAUUUUAGGUAGAGGAUUAGGUUGGGAAACUAUUACUGCAAAUUUAUUAUUUUCAUUAAGUGCUCCAUUUAUACAAUUAAAUAAAAGACAAAAUACGAAAAGUUUGAUAUUAUUAUUAAAUGCAAAAGAUCAUGAAAUCAUACGAUUAAAAGAAGAAAUUGAUGAUUUAAAUUGGCUUAAUGAUGAAACUAAUCAAUGUAAAUUUACUUCUAUUGCAGGAGAUGCUACUUCAACAAAAAGAAGAAAUAUAUAUGCUGAUGGAGGAAUUAUUUCAAUUUCUCCAAGAGUUUUAAUUGUUGAUAUAUUAUCUGGUACAAUUAAUGUAAAUGAAAUAACUGGAUUAUUUAUUUUACAUGCAGAUAGAAUUAGAGAAACUUCAAAUGAUGCAUUUAUAAUAAAUGUUUAUCGUGAUCAAAAUGAAUGGGGGUUUAUAAAAGCUUUAUCAGAUGAACCUGAAUCUUUUCGAGGUUUUACUCCAUUACAAACAAGAUUAAAAAUUUUAAGAUUAUCAAAUGUUACAUUAUGGCCAAGAUUUCAUGUUACUGUUACUCAAUCUAUAUUAUAUCAUAAAAAGAAAGAUUCAAGAUUAUUAGUUACAGAAAUUAAUACUAAGCUAUCUUAUAAAAUGAAUAAAAUUCAAGCUGCUUUAUUAUCUUGUAUACAAGCAUGUUUAGGAGAAUUAAAAAGACAUAAUCCUACUUUGGCUACUGAAUAUUGGGAUAUGGAAAAUAUACAUGAUCCUGAUUUUAUUGGUAUAAUAAGAAACUCAUUAGAUUCACAAUGGCAUAGAUUAACAUUUACCACCAAACAAUUAUUAAAUGAUAUUGAUCUUUUAAUUAAUUUACUUACAGAUUUAGUUACAUUAGAUUCUGUUUCAUUUUAUCAAAUUGUUAAAAAUAUUUUAGAUACAAAUUUAAAACAACAAAUUGUUGGAUUGAAUAGAUCUAUGAGUCCCUGGUUAAAUCUUGAUGAAUCACAUACUGUUAUUGGAUAUGCAAAAGAACGAGCUUUAGGUCAACUGAAUGGAGAAUAUUUAUUAGAAGAAUUACCAAAAUGGAGCCAAUUAGGUCAAUUGAUUGAUGAUAUAUAUCAUGAAAAAUCUAUGAGUAAUUAUGACCAAGAUUCAGGAAGAAUUUUAAUAAUGUGUUCAAGUAGAAAAAUAGCAAAUCAAUUAAAUAGAUUAUUAUCUUCAAUGAAAGAAGUUAAAAGAGGUGAUUAUAAAUUUUUUUCAUUUAGAUCAUAUAUGAUUGAUAAAUUAAAAGAUUAUUUACAUUUUAAAGAAGUUAGUAAACUAGUUAAAAAAAUCUCAACUGAUUUAGAUAAAGAGGAAGAAGAAGGUAAUGAAACAAAAAAUAAUGAAGAAAGUGAAAUAAAUAUUUCAAAAACUUUUUCACGUAAUGGUCAACCAAUAAGUAAAAGAAGAAGAACUAGAGGUGCUAGUGUAGCUGCUCGUGUUAAUCAAUUACAUUCUAUUGGUGGAGAUUCAAAUGAAGAAUCUACUGAAAAAGAAGAUGAUUUAAUAAAUCAAAUGAUUGCAGAUGAAGAAUUAGAAAAUCAACAAAUUUUACAAGAUAAUGGGAUUAUAGAGCAAACAUAUCCAGAAGAUUUUGAAGUUAUUGAAGCAUUUGAUACGAAUACUUUAGAUUUUGAAUGGAUAAAUCCGAAUGAUCAAAUACUAAUUCAAGUAUAUAAUGAUAAACAAGAUACAUCAUUUUUAGAUGAAUUAUCACCAUCACAUAUAAUAUUAUAUGAACCAAAUCUUUCAUUUAUAAGAAGAAUAGAAUUAUAUCAAUCUAUAAAUUUUGAAAAUCCUGCAAAAUUGUAUUUUAUGUACUAUGGAAAUUCAGUUGAAGAACAAAAACAUUUAUUACGUAUAAAAAAGGAAAAAGAAUCAUUCACAAAGUUAAUUAAAGAAAAAGCAAAUUUAGGUAAAACUUUUAGAACUUCAGAUGAUAAUUAUAAAUUUCAAUUACAAAAAAAUCAAGUUGUUAAUACAAGAAUAGCAGGUGGAGCAAAUUUUAGAACUGAAAAUGAUGAAAUGAGAGUUAUUGUUGAUGUUAGAGAAUUUGGUUCUUCAUUACCUAAUCUUUUAUAUCGUAUUGGAAUACUGGUUAUACCAUGUAUGAUAACAGUUGGUGAUUAUAUUUUAUCUCCCAAGAUAUGUAUUGAAAGAAAAUCAAUACCUGAUUUAAUACAAAGUUUUAAAAGUGGUAGAUUAUAUAAUCAAUGUGAACAAAUGUUUAGACAUUAUGAAUUACCAACAUUGCUUAUAGAGUUUGAUGAAAAUAAAUCUUUUUCAUUAGAACCAUUUAGUGAAUCAAAAUUUUUAAAAGCAAAAAAUAACGCAAAUAAUAACUCAUCAAGUAAUCACUCAAUUGAAUCGAAAUUAAAACAAAGUGUUCAAUCUCAAAUAUUUGCAUUAUUAUAUUCAUUUCCAAAAUUAAAAAUAAUAUGGAGUUCAUCACCAUAUGAAACUGCUCAAAUUUUUUUAGAAUUAAAAUCAAAUCAAGAAGAACCAAAUGUAGGAACAGCAUUAGAUAAAGGUGUAAAUAAAUCAUUACAAACUCAAACAAAAGAUGGUGGACCUCCCAUAUUUAAUGAUAAUCCAAUUGAUUUUAUUCAAAAUAUUCCAGGUAUAAAUAAUAUUAAUUAUUAUUUAAUUAUUCAAAAAAUUAAAAAUAUUGAAGAAUUUGUUAAAUUAUCUGAAGAUGAAUUAAAGCAACUUAUUGGUAAUGAAAAUGGUAGAAAAGUUUAUAAUUUUUUAAAUAGAACACUUAGCUAA